AUGAAUCCCAUACAAGAAGAAUCUGAACAACGUAUACCUCUCAUGGUGAAUUCUUUAGAUGAGACUAACUCAAAUAUACCUUAUGCUGAUGACAAUAAAUCCAAUGAUAAUUCUGUUCCCCCCAGUCGCAAAGUCUCUUUAAGUAGUAGACGUAAUGUUGAUCUAACUUUACAAAUAGAAAAUGAUUCGAGUAUUGUUAAUAGUACAGCAGACUCGGGUAAUAAUUCACCUAAAACUGCCUCAGAUGAAUCGACGGCUAUGGAAACACCACCUUUGCCAUUGCCGCGUGGUUUACGUCGUAAUUCGAUAUCUAUGCCUUCGGGCAUUAAUGCCAUAGAGGAUUUGGAAGCUUUAAGGCUGAAACAUCAAAUGCAGGAACAAGAACCAGUACCGGAAGAGGAGAAGAGUAAUAGUCGAACGGAUAGUGUUAUUGAUGAUAUUUCCGGUUCGGUUACAUUUAGUGUACCGGAAAAAAAUGUCACAACUAUUCAAUGUGAGAAACCCGAAGAGGAGGAGAGCGAUGAUGAAUUGGAAAUACAUGGUAAAAGAAGGUAA